AAACUGCGGUUUUAUCGUGCUAGAUUUCCGUGACUUUGAUUGAAUAACAGCAAACCCAAAAAAUUUCCAGACGAUUGAGCACUUAAAUGCUAAAAACCAAAUAAAUUAAUUAAACUUCGCGGUGGCGCUUGAAACUAAAGUUAUUUUUAAAUGUAUGAGGGGGACUAUAUAUUUGACUUUUUAGUAUUUGUGAUUCACAUUCCUGUUUUAAAAGGUGUGAAUGAAAAAACUCGGAACUGUCGUGAAAUUUUACGCAAACUUUUUGGGAUUUUUUAUUUAAUUUUCGUGCUUUUGUUUUGUGUGUCUUUCUAAACAAAAUUGAAAAAGCAUAACAAUUGUCCAAAUGAUAAAAGCGACAUUUGGCGAGUUAUAAAUUCAGUCAAAAGCUGAGCUGAAGACAAUCAAAAAUUGAAGAGCCCGAAAGCGGAACUCAACAGUGUGCUAAAAAUUAAAAUUAUUUAUUAAUAAAAAUGAAUUAUUCGCGCUUGCUUACCAUGAACAACUUUAUCUUCAUCUUAAUCCUCACGAAAGUCAGUCACAGUUUCGCUCAAUCGUUUUAUGAUUUCGAUAGUUUCGAUAAUGGCAAUCACGUGCUGGAUAGACAUUUACCUGCUGGUUAUUAUUACAUAAGUGAUGGUCGUAUCACACCCGUAAGCAGUAGUGACAUACGACGUAAAGAUGUUGCCUCAACUUAUGGUGAUUACGUCUACUACGCGCCAGUCGUGCGCGUCAAACAUCAAAAGACAAAGAAGAAGUUAUUUGUACCAAAUUUAUUUGGUUAAAUAAAUGAGAAGUGAAAUGCGUUAUGCUGAGACUACAGACUGAUCUCUCAAAACUGUUAUACAAUUCAAUGUAAUAUAUUAUAUUUAUGCAAUCUAUUUUAUGGUAAAUCUAUAUUAUGGUAAAUAUACUCGUGAGUUAAA